UUUAUUUUUAAUCUGCAUGUGCGAUGUAAUGCGUCGAUUUCAAGCGUGGUUUUCUUGAAUAUUCUUUCUUUAUAUGUUUUACAUUGUACAACGAGCGUUAUGAUGUUUGUAAGUGAAAUGCAGUUUUUAAAUCCAUCAGAAGUGUUAAUUCUUAGACCGUAAUUUACUAUUCCUAUGUGUAAAUCCCCAAAGAUGGUUUCUGGGACGACGAGGGUGAUUCAAGUCACCAAUAUCGCGCCACAAGCGACGAAGGAUCAAAUGCAAACACUGUUUGGUUACCUGGGUAAAAUUGAUGAUAUAAGACUAUAUCCAACGAUUAGAGAUGUGUCGUGUCCUGUCCAAUCCCGUAUAUGUUAUGUGAAGUACUAUGACUCUGCUACUGUAAAUGUGGCUCAACAUAUGACUAACACGGUCUUUAUUGACCGUGCAUUAAUUGUGAUACCCAUGCAGUCAGGUGAAAUACCAGAUGAGCAUAAAGCACUUGAGAUGUCAAGCAAUGGGACACUAGUGCCUGGCUUGAGUACUGUAGAGCCAAGAUUACCGUCACAUGUGGUGAACACCUUAGAAGGUGUUCCUCCUAAUCAAGUUAUCCAAAGUUAUGACCCUAAAAUGAUAGCGGCGGGAGUUCCAGGAUAUCCACCUCUUCCCGCAGCUUAUGAUUCCAGAAAAAUUGAAGAGAUAAGGAGAACAUUACUUGUUAUAGAUGUAGGUGAAUUAACGCAACAGCAAUUGAUUGAUCAUUUUACACAAGCUGGAGAAGUUUGUUAUCUAAGAUUUUGUGAAAGAGAAGCAGACAAUCUUAAGUAUGCACUAGUUGAAAUGACUGAACAGGAGUGUGUUAUUAAGGCUUUGCAGUUAAAUGGAAGCACUAUUGAGGGACAGACUAUUAAGGUACAUCACGCAACCCAAGCUAUUUGUAAGCCACAAACAAAGAGCAACGAGGCUGCCCAGAGAGAGAUAGAAGAAGCCAUGUGCCGGGUGAAGGAAGCUCAGAACUACAUUUCAGCUGCCAUUGACCCAGUGAUCGGACUCCUAUCAAAGGAUAAGAGAAGGACGCGGUCUCGGUCGCGGUCCAGACGGCGGUCGCGGUCGCGGCGGUCUCGCUCGCGGUCCCGGCACCGCAGCAAGCGCUCGCGCUCCCGCUCCAGACACCGCUCGCGACGCUCCCGCUCACGACACGCGCACCGCACCAGGUCACGGUCCCGCCAGCGCAGUUCCCGCGUGUCUCGCUCUAGGUCACGUCAUCGCUCCUCGCGAUCCAAACGCGACAGGUCCCGUGACCGCAAAGACAAGGAUAAAAAGAGUUCCAGUGAAAGAGAUAAAGAUAAGAAGGACAAAUCUAAGUCUCCUACUCGAGAUAUCGAAAAAAAUGAUAAGGAAAAAGAUAAAACUGAAAAGGAUGAAACCAAGGCAGAAGUCAUGGCUGAAACCAAUGGCCGGCCCGAAUCUGAAACCAAAUCAAAAGCUUCAACACCAAUAGAUGAUAAGGAAGAAGAACCUGAAAAGGAUAAGAAAAAAGAUAAGGACAAAGAAAGAGAUAAAGAUAAAAAGGAGAAGGAUAAAGAAGACAAGAAGGAAAAGGAUAAAGAUAAGUCCCCGUCCAAAAGGCGAGAUCGUUCAAGAUCUCGAGAGAAAAAACGCGACCGAUCACGAUCCAAGCGAAGAUCUCGAUCGCGAUCUAGAAGAAAACGAUCGAAAUCACGAAGGAGGUCAAGAUCAAAAGACAGGAAACGGUCUCGGUCUAGGGAUAGAAAGAAAUCUAGAUCAAGGGAUCGUAAACGGUCCAGAUCCAGAGAUAGGAAGAAGUCGCGGUCUAGAGAUAGGAAGCGAACGAGGUCGAGGGACCGCAAGCGUUCCCGUUCGCGGGACAGGAAGCGGUCGCGCUCUCGCAGCCGUCGCUCCAAGAGCCGCUCCCACAGGGACUCCAAGACGCCUCAUGAAAGGAAGUCUAGGGACCAAACGCCUCUUCUCCCUGUUCCAGAAGAAAAAGUAACCUUAAAUGAAUCCAAACUUCAGGAUUUGACAGAUGAAAAGAAUUCUCCAGACAACAUGGAUAUUUCUAAUUCACCAUAAGUGUAACUUAAAUAACACAAGUAACAUUUUUCACGCGUCUUUCACUUUAUUGCCAAUGUACAUUUCCAAUUCCAAAUAAAAUAAAUUU